AUGCUCAGGCUGCGCCUGCUGACGUGGGACGUGAAGGACACGCUGCUGCGGCUGCGGCAGCCCGUGGGCCAGAGCUACGCGGCCGAGGCGCGGGCCCAGGGGCUGCAGGUGCAGCCCGAGGCUCUGGGGCGCUCCUUCCGGGAGGUGUACGGAGCCCAGAGCCGGCGCUUCCCCAACUACGGCCGCGGCCAGGGGCUCAGCUCCCGGCAGUGGUGGCUGGACGUUGUCAAACAGAGCUUCAGGCUCUCGGGCGUGCAGGACGAGGCAGCCCUGACGAAGCUGGCGGAGAAGCUCUACCGCGACUACUGCAGCUCCAGCACCUGGGAGGUGCUGCCGGGAGCCGCCGAGACCCUGAGCCGGUGCCGCCAGCUCGGCUUCCGCAUGGGAGUCGUCUCCAACUUCGACAGCCGGCUGGAAGCCAUCCUCUCGCAGUGCAACCUGCGGCACCACUUCGAGUUCGUGCUCACCUCCGAGGCCGCGGGCUUCGCCAAGCCGGACGGCAGGAUCUUCGAGCAGGCGCUGCGGCUCGGCGGGGCCCGGCCCGAGCAGGCGGCCCACAUCGGGGAUGACUACAGCCGGGAUUACCGGGCGGCCCGGGCCGCGGGCAUGCACAGCUUCCUGCUGCGGGCGGCCGGGCAGCGCGAGGGGCCGGAGGUGCCCCCCGAGCACGUCCUGCCCACGCUCAGCCACCUCCUGGCUCGCAUCGAGAAGGAGUAGCUGCGGUUCGGAGGGGUCUGGUGCUGCUGCCGAGUGCUGAACUGUCCUGGCAUGAGAUUUCUUGCUGCCAGGUGGGCAGGGAAGAGCAGCAAGUCUGAGCUGCCUAUGGAGCAGGAGGAGUGUUCAUGCAAUAAAACAUUUCUGAUGCCCA